CAAAAACGGAAAAUAUCACACACAAAAAAAGAACUAUUAAUCCAUAAUGUUUUCUCUGAAUAUGAGAACCGAAAUAGAAACUUUGUGGAUCUUUGCUCUUGUAUCAAAAUUCAAUAUUUUCAUGCAAGAACAUUUUGUUUCUUUGCUUCUCUUCGUAGCCAUCACUUGGUUUACCUUAACGAUCGUAUUUUGGUCUAAGCCGGGUGGACCGGCUUGGGGAAGAUACUUCUUCACACACCGGUUUACUCCCGGUUGUAAACGGAAAACGAAGAAUUUCAUACCCGGUCCGAGAGGGUUUCCACUCGUGGGAAGCAUGAGUCUAAGAUCAAGCCACGUGGCUCACCAGCGCAUAGCGGAAGCGGCCACGAUGAGUAACGCCAAGAGGCUCAUGGCGUUUAGCCUCGGUGAUACUAAGGUGAUAGUGACGUGCCAUCCUGACGUGGCAAAGGAAAUACUAAACAGUUCGGUAUUUGCAGACCGACCUGUUGACGAAACCGCUUACGGUUUGAUGUUUAACCGAGCCAUGGGGUUCGCUCCUAAUGGUACUUACUGGCGCUCACUGCGUCGAUUAAGCUCAAACCAUCUUUUCAACCCGAAGCAAAUCAAACGCUCAGAGGGGCAGCGACGACAGAUCGCGGCUCAGAUGGUGAAUGCGUUUGAACGUAACGCUGAAACCGCGUUUGGAGUGCGUGAUGUGCUGAAAACGGCGUCGUUGUGUAAUAUGAUGAGUUUAGUUUUCGGGAAAGAGUAUGAACUGGAGUCUAAUAACACCGUCGAAUCGGAAUGCUUGAAGGUUCUGGUUGAAGAAGGGUACGAUCUUCUCGGUACGCUAAAUUGGACCGACCAUCUUCCUUGGUUAGGCGGUCUAGAUUUCCAACAAAUCCGGUUCAGGUGCUCUCAGCUCGUACCGAAAGUAAAUCAGUUAUUGAGCCGAAUCAUUCAAGAACAACGUGCUAACACUUGUAAUUUCCUCGGCGUAUUAAAUUCCCUUCAAGGUUCCGAAAAAUUAUCAGAGCCCGAUAUGAUCGCUGUUCUUUGGGAAAUGAUAUUUAGGGGAACGGACACAGUGGCGGUUUUGAUCGAGUGGGUGCUAGCGAGGAUUGUGAUGCAUCCCAAAGUUCAGUCAACGGUCCACGAUGAGCUUGACCGAGUCGUUGGCAGAUCCAGAGCCGUCGAUGAGUCUGACCUUCCAUCUCUCACGUAUCUAACGGCCAUGAUCAAAGAAGUGUUGAGGCUGCAUCCACCGGGCCCACUUCUCUCUUGGGCGCGUCUCUCUAUAACAGACACCAUCGUAGACGGAUAUCACGUGCCGGCUGGGACCACCGCGAUGGUCAACAUGUGGGCUAUAGCACGUGAUCCGCACGUGUGGGAGAACCCUUUGGAGUUUAAGCCUGAGAGGUUCGUGGCUAAAGAGGGUGAAUCUGAGUUCUCUGUUUUCGGGUCGGAUCUGAGGUUGGCACCGUUCGGAUCGGGUAAGAGGGUUUGCCCGGGAAAGAAUCUGGGACUUGCAACGGUGUCGUUUUGGGUUGCGACGCUUUUGCAUGAGUUUGAUUGGCUUCCUAGCUUCGAUGCUAACCCUCCAGAUCUAUCGGAGGUUUUGAGGCUGUCGUGUGAGAUGGCCUGUCCCCUCGUAGUUAACGUACGUCCGAGGCGUAAGAUAGCAUAAGCUUCAGUUUCGUCAGUGCAUGGAUGCUUCAAAAAUUAUUGGCAGAUAAAAAAAUCACGUAUGUUUAGAUACACCUUGAAACAACUAAAAUAAAUAAACUAAACUACAUGUAUCCUAAGAUUCAUCCAUCUUUUAUUGAUUAACAUGUAUUAAUGUAUUUGUACGAUGUGAAAUAAAAAUAUUAUAUAUGUUUUAUGUGGAUUUAUUAUACGUGUUGAUGAUGUGAAUUGUGUAUGUACCGUGG